AUGCAGUCACCUAAUGUUCCUGUACCAAGCCGCACUGUUGUUAAGUGUUGUUGUGGCAAGAUAUGCAAAGGUGCGCGUGGCCUUAAAAUGCAUCAGCGUAGUUGCCAAGUGAUACAUGGCCUUAACGACGAGCUGUCUGCUGAUCUUGAAGAGCAAAUAACGACGGAUAACACUGCAGAUACCCCUGAAAAUGACAAUUCUAUUAACGACAUUGAUAUGACUAAUGACGAAAGUUUUCCCGAACUGAAACAAGGCAUAAAUUUACCUAAAAAUGACUCUGGGUGGCAAACGGCUAAUGAUUAUUUUAAAUGUGCGCUCCAGUUAAAUGAUCCAAUCAGAAUGCAAGACGUAAACUCAAAAAUCAAGCUUUUAAACGACGUUAUAUACAACUACUUUGCUGAUAACUUUGGACAUAACGAAACGUACGGUCCCUGA